GAUGUUGAUAAUAAAAACAACCUGAUUCACAAUUCACAAGUAGGACUACUCUGGUGUGUACGACACACACUGUAUUGUAGCCUCUUUAGAGAAUCACAGAGAAUUGUUUACUAUUACGAGAGAGAAGUCACGUCUGCAAUGUCAUAAAUGCGCAGCAUUAAAAAAAAAAAACAUAUCUUGAAUUUCUAUCAAAUUUGAAUUAUUUGGCAAUGUGCUUUCAAUCGAAAAGUCUAGUUUUUUUCAUGUGAAUUUUAUGUGAGACUGUUCUGAAAGUGAUCUAAAGGAGACAAUCUCAGACACGAGAUUUACUUACGUUUUUUUUGAGAGAGUAAUAAUGUCCAAAUAUGAUACAGUUAUACAUCUUGUUGCUGGAGGAACUGCUGGUACCGUUGGUGCAAUUAUAACAUGUCCAUUAGAAGUAGUUAAAACACGUUUACAAUCGUCCACAUCAGGUUUUCAUAUUGAAAAAUUGAAUGUACCACGUAUUGCUACCGAUAAACCUAGUGUGCAUGUUACAUGCAAAACUAUACCACCAGAGCAACGGAGACGAUUCUUAUGCACAACAAUAUUACGUACAACAAAACCAACGGCCGCUACAACAGCUGCAUCUGUUGUAACUCUGUCACAUUGUGGAGGUGGUCUUAGUAAUUCAACACGACGAUUAAGUUUAAUUCAGUGUCUUAGGUAUAUAAUUGAACAUGAAGGACCAGGGGCAUUAUUUAAAGGACUUGGUCCAAAUCUUAUCGGUGUUGCACCUUCUAGAGCGAUAUAUUUUUGUGCAUAUUCACAAUCAAAAAAAUUCUUCAAUACCGUAUUACCUCCAGACACACCGAUCGUACAUGUAUCAUCAGCCUGUUGUGCUGGUUUUACAGCCAGUACAGCAACAAAUCCUAUAUGGUUCGUGAAAACACGCUUACAAUUAGAUAAAGCCAACGAAUUGACCGCAAUGCAAUGUAUUCGGAAAAUAUACAGGCAAUCGGGAAUUCGUGGUUUUUAUAAAGGAAUUACAGCAUCUUAUAUGGGAAUAUCAGAAACUGUAAUACAUUUUGUAAUAUAUGAAGCUGUGAAAGCACGAUUAAUUGCACAUCGUACACGACAAAAUUUGGAUGAUCGAUCGUCAAAAGAUUUUCUUGAAUUUAUGGCAGCUGGUGCAUUUUCAAAAACAAUUGCAUCAUGUAUAGCAUAUCCACAUGAAGUGGCACGAACUCGUUUACGUGAAGAAGGCAGUCGUUAUCAUUCAUUUUGGCAGACUUUAGGUUUAGUAUGGAAAGAAGAGGGUAUGCGUGGUGUAUAUCGUGGUUUAGGUACUCAACUAGUCAGACAAAUACCAAACACGGCCAUAUUAAUGGCCACAUAUGAAGCAGUCGUAUAUUUAUUAACGAAAGCGUUAAUAGAUCAUCGUUCAUCUGAAUUUUUCACGGAGGCACCAUCAAAUAUAGAUAGUACCACGUCAUUACCAUCAUCAUCAGACACAUCAUCGUCAGAGAGGCGACGAUGAUUUAGUUUGGGUAAAAUUAUUGUUGAGUUUAAUAUUUAAUUGUUAAUUAAAACAA